AUGGACUACCCAUUAGGCAACAACACCACAGCAUUGGAGGGAAAUUUGGGUGAUAGAAUGGAUACCAAUGUCACAUACAUAGCCAUUGACACCAACAUUUGGUUGAAACAUUGUGGAAGGAUCUUCAAGUGUGUUCGAAAUAACGCAUUCAAAAUACUGAUUCCUCUCAUUGUGUUUCAGGAAUUGAGGCUGUUGAGAAAAGUCAGCGGAAGCCAUUAUUGCCCGAUGCAUGCUACACCGUUCUGUCAUUUAUCAUUCGUGAGCUUUACCUUACCAAGGGAGAUCUUACCGCUCCGAUACGAUGGUAACAUUGCGUCCGAUAUAAACGAAACUACAGAGUUUGAGAACAACUCCAACUGGAGAAACAGCGUUGACGAGACCAUAUUGAGUGCUGUCAACGACCACGAUGAGAUAGGCAAGAACAUGCUACGAGGGCUUAAUAUGACUAUAACUCUGCCUACGACCAAACAGCAAAAAGUGUUGGAUACAAAAUGGGCCAAGAUGUUCCGAUACUGUAUUUUGAUCAGUGAUGAUCGCAACGUCCGCCUACGGGCACGAACCAUAGGGUUAACUAGUUUCCAGAGCAAGUGGCUUUUCAGUCAGUUGGAGGCGAUUUUCCCGGCAAAAUGCAUUGAUUAG